AUGGACAGACGCGAGCAUCUGGGUACUACAGCUUCUCAAGGCCAUGCGCGGAGAGCUGCUGCCGGGCGCGCACGUGCUGGGCUUCCUGCGGCGCGUGUGGAAGCUGCUCUUCCUGCGCGUCCGCCCGCUCAUCGUCUUAGACUGCGCCACGCCCGCGCUCAAGCACCGCACCGUCCUUGCGCGCCGUCGCCAGCGGGAGAACGCGCAGAUCUACCUGCGCUGGACAGCGGAGAAGCUGCUGCUCUACUAGCACGAGAAGCGCUCGUUUCUGCGCAGCCAGCGGCGGCUGCAACCGUUCUUUCUGGGGGACAUCCCGCAGUGGUCGUGGUUCGCGUGGACGUGGCGCUGCUCUUCUUCCUCACAUAUGAUCCGCGCUGA